AUGAGCCGCAACUUUUGCCCCGCCGCCUUUUCCUUCUGGGCUUCGCUUCUGCUGUUCAAGGAAGUCGCGCCCAAAGCCCUGUCCUCCCAGAAUCUUUCAGACAGAUGUGGAGCAAGGCCUGCAAUAGUUAACAUAACAGCCGAGAUUCAAACUGUAGGUGGACAUGUUGUUCAGCCUGGAGCAUGGCCAUGGCAAGUUAGUCUUCAGAUUUAUCAUAUUCCAUCAGGUCGAUAUCGGCAUAUAUGUGGUGGAUCUUUAAUUAAUAACAACUCGGUACUGACAGUAGCACGUUGCAUUAAGAAAUGGGUGAACCCAGAAUAUUGGAGAGUUGUGAUUGGUUUACAUCAUCUUUAUAAACCUCAUUCUCACACCAUAAGUCGUCGGGUGAGAAGUAUCAUUGUUCAUUCUGAUUUCAAGUGGGACAGCUAUGAAAAUGACAUUGCAAUGUUUAAACUGGUGAAGUUUGUUGAGUACAAUAAAUAUAUUCAGCCUAUCUGCUUAUCUCACAAUUCUCAUCUCAUGACUGAUAAGAAUCCAUGUUAUGUAAGUGGAUGGGAAAACAGAAAGAAAAAAGGCAAAAUUCACACUGUAUUACAGGAAGCUCGAGUAAUUACUAUUCCACUACAUGUCUGUAAUAAAUAUGAACGGUAUAAAGAAAGAUUAUCAACUGAUAUGAUUUGUGCUGCCUCGCCAACAAAUAGCUGUGUGGGAGAUAGUGGUGGACCUUUGAUGUGCUAUUUCCCAAGUGUAUCCAAAUACUAUCUGAUAGGCAUCACCAGUUUUGCCAGUGGCUGUUAUCCAGAUGAGUAUCCAGGACUCUAUACGCAUACAGUUAGCUACAGAAAAUGGAUAGAUUUUCAUCUUCAUAAUAAAACUGCAACCACAGUGAACAUCCAAAGUAUUCUAGUUCUUUUAACUAUGGAAUGGAUAAUCUUGUUCCCUUCGUUUUGGAGAGCUGUGGUUGGAUUGCAUCAUAUUACUAGACUCCACAUCCAUACCAGAAGGAGCCGGAUCAGGGCUAUCAUUAUGCACCCCGGUUUUAACAAGAUUACCUACGAGAAUGACAUUGUUUUGUUCAAACUGAUAGAGUCUAUCCAAUUCAAUCAGUAUAUCCAGCCCAUCUGUAUACCUGAUGUUCCUGUUGCUCUAAAUGAUGAGAUGCCAUGUUUUAUAACUGGAUGGGGACGGACAACAGAAAAAGGACAGGGACGAGAUGUAUUACAAGAAGCACAGGUCGAUAUUAUUCCAAUAUCAACUUGCAAUAGGCAUGACUGGUAUGCAGGGAUGGUAAAAGACAAUAUGAUUUGUGCUGGCUCUGAAAAAGGAGGAAUUGAUGGUUGUCAGGGAGACAGCGGUGGUCCUCUUGCGUGCUAUAUUUCAGAUCUCACCAGGUACUACCUGGUAGGGAUCAGCAGUUUCGGUUACGGUUGUGGCCGGCCAAGGUUGCCAGGAGUCUAUCUGCAAACAGGUUUUUAUAGAAGGUGGAUACAGACUAAAGUUAUCUUAUUUGACAAAGCCAUGACUAGGAAGGCUCCAUAUCUUUUCUUUCUGCCUGCAGGAUGGAUAGUUUUCUGCAGUGUUUUAUGA